AUUAUUCGUUACCUUCAAUGGUAACACCACCAAGAACACCUCAAUUUCAACUUAAACCUGACUCCUUCGAUCAACGCCAUCAAGAAACGCCGAGAAACAACGAAAUUCAUCACCAAAAUAUUCAAAAUCAUAAUCAUCCGGUGAUUAAAUCAGAACCAAUGGAUGAUUAUGAAAGUAUUCCUCACCGUCACCAAUACAACCCUCACUUUCCAGUUUAUAAUUUCCAACAAAUCCCAACAUCGUUUGGAGAAAAUCCAUUAGGAAAUUUACAAACUCGUUUUGGACAACUUUCACCAACAAAUUUAUCAACGAGCCCACAAAUUUCAACGCCCCGUCCAGAAUUACCUGUCACCCCUGAAAGUCCUUUAAGAACAACCCCUAAUUUGCCGUCGGGAUGUGAAUCGCCAACCAGAUUAAGCGAUAUAGAUUUAGUUGGAACGCCAAAAAAGAACUCAUCGAAACCAAAAUCUUUUAAAUGUCGAAUGUGCGAAUACGUUGCAACAACAAAAGAAGAAAGUUGGAUUCAUUUAAAAACACAUUUAAAACCAGAAAAGAUGUUGUGCUGCCCAAGGUGUCCAUUUGUAACCGAAUAUAAACAUCAUUUAGAAUACCAUCUUUUAAAUCACGAUGGUUCAAAACCGUUCGUUUGCCCCGAAUGUGAAUACAUGUGCGUUAACAAAUCAAUGUUGAGAUCCCACUUAAAAUCACAUUCGCAAAUUUAUCAAUAUAGAUGCAAAGAUUGUGAUUACGUAUCGAAAUAUUGUCAUACUUUUAAGAUUCAUUUAAGAAAGUAUCGCCACGAACCUGGACCAGUUUUAAAUCCGGAUGGAACUGAAGAUAUUACGAAAAUUAUCGAUGUUUAUGGAAGCCGAAGAGGACCAAGAAAACGUACCGUUUCGAUCGAUAAUUUACAAAAUCCUAUUAUAUCGAAUCAAAAUCAAAUUACAAAUCAAAUUCAAAAUUUAUCGAUUCCUAAACUUCCUCAAAUAAUUCCCGAAGAAAAUGUGGCAACGCAACCACCGUUGGCUAAUCCACUUUUUAAUCCGUUCCUUGUAAAUUCGAUGGUUUUAGCACAAUUUAUGAAUUUACAAAGAUUCGUCGCUGAGUUAAGAAAUCGAAACGUUGAAUCAAAUUCUGAAAGUGAAAACAACGAUGAUUACACCUGUAAUGUUUGUGGGGUUUCCUUCAAGACUGAAACAUUGUACGGUAUUCACAUGGAAUACCAUGAUAACGAAAAUCCUUUAAAAUGUACGUCUUGUGGAAAAACCAACGAAAACGGGGAGAAUUUCUUUAUACAUUUAACGCGCGAAAGGCAUUAA